CCUCUCCACCGCUAGCCUGCCUCUCCCUCUCACCCAGUUAGCCUCUCCACCGCUAGCCUGCCUCUCCCUCUCACCCCGUUAGCCUCUCCACCGCUAGCCUGCCUCUCCCUCUCACCCCGUUAGCCUCUCCACCGCUAGCCUGCCUCUCCCUCUCACCCCGUUAGCCUCUCCGCUGCUAGCCUAUCUGCCACGCUCCGUUCGCUCUGCUCUCUCUCUCACUACACACUGGUAGCUUCCCACCGUGCACUCUGCUAUCUUCUCUACUGCUAGCCUCUCGCUAUGUACACUGCUAGCUUCUCCACUGCCAGCCUUCCGCUAUAUACUCUGAGAGCUUCUCUACUGCUAGUCUUCGCGCACUCACACUUAGGAUUCCGAUAGCCUCUCUACUGCUAGCCUUUAUACCCUUGCCUCCAGUGGGUGUUUCGGCCAUCGACGGCUGGAGAGGAUGGGGUGUGGAGAGCGGGGGCCCUGGACUUCUCUUGCGUAUUGCGCUUCUCUUUGCUCCAACCAACAACUUCCCCCCCCCCCGUCCCUGGCCUCACACCUUCCGUAUUUAUCAUGCUCCUCAUUAAAGGCCCUAAUUAAGCUGGCGUCCUCCAGUCGCCCCUCGCACGUGGCGUCCGCUGCUAUCGCCUCAAUCUGCAGACUCCGAUGCGCCUACACCGUGUCUGCAUUUGCAGCCGGUCAGUCACCGCUGCGCGUCUGACUUAAUUGGUCGUCUCUCUCUCUCUCUGGAUUGCCCUCACACCGCAGCUGUUUAUCCUGGCGUGAAUUCACUGUCCGCGGCUCACACGUGCAUGCACACCGCUUGCAAAACCCCACGCGCGUUACUCCUCUGCAGAUAUAUUUAAAACAAAAAAAACAUGACAUUUAAACAAACAUUGUUUGUCUUAUACAUGCUGAAGCGAUGCACCGUAUUAAAAAAAAAACGUCAUCACUUCGAGAACGUUAACAUGAACGUACAGAUCCUAAACUCCCGUCGAUUUAGAUUUUUUUUUUAUAAAAAAAAAUCCAAAAAGCAAACAGCGUAUAUUUAUGAAACAAAAUCCUCUGAAAGCGGAGUUUUGUGCACGUCGGGGAGAGACGGUGAAUAAACUGACGCGCGCUGUCGCACAAAAGAGCCCGACACAAAAGAAGUGAAUCUUACGUCCUUAUUAUCGACACCAACGCUCUCUCGAAGUGCCAGAGGAUCUCAUGGAUUUUGAGCGAUUUGACCGCAGCCGCUGCACCUGAGGCCCGCGCGCGCGCGCGCUUGCUCGCUCGCUCUCUCUCUCUUCGUAAGGAGGCUUCAAAGGGCGUCGUGGGGAAGUGAUUCGUGGGCGUACAGGUGUGGAGCACGUAACCGCGAGUUAUACGCAGCGUCUUCUGUUACGACUGCAGCGUGAUUGCAAAGAAGGUCUGACGCGAGCGUGAAAAUUGACAUCUGUGCAGUUCACGAGGAGCACGCGAAUGACAAGGUGUGGUGGCCUGGCAAUGUCCGCUGGGCCAUUUCCCGUGCGGGAAUCUGAGCGACGUGUGUCUGCCACAGCCGCUGCACUGCAACAACGUCGUCGACUGCGGGAACGGCGCCGACGAAGAGAACUGUGGCGACAACAGUGGCUGGCCCCAACUGUUCGACAAGUUUUUCGGAGUAAUGUCGCCCUACUCGAGGAAGGGGAAAUUAACAGAAUGCCUGCUAGAAAUAUAUCCCAAGAGCUGCACAUGCCAGGGGAAGGAGUUGGACUGCGAUGGCUUAAACUUACGCUCCAUUCCCAACGCUCCACCCAACAUCACAGUCUUUUCAUUGCAGAAAAACAGACUCCGAACUCUUCCGGCAUUCGUGUUUCGGAGAUACGCAAGCCUGGAAAAGCUGUACCUGCAGAAUAACCAGAUAAGAUCAGUGUCCAGCAGAGCAUUUUCUGGACUUCACAACCUUACCCGCCUGUAUCUCAGUCACAACCAUAUCACCGUGCUCAAGCCAAGAGUGUUUCAAGACCUGCGUUGGCUAGAGUGGCUGAUCAUCGAUAACAACAGGCUGAUUAAAAUAUCACAGAAGUCCUUCCUUGGCCUGCAAUCCCUCGUUAUGCUGGUGUUGCUGAACAAUACACUUCAUGAAUUACCCAGGAAGUCCAUCUGUAAAGGAAUGCCACAGCUGAACUGGUUUGACCUGGAAGGAAACCAGAUCCAGUCGGUGAGAAAUUCUACAUUUCUGGGCUGUGAUCAACUGACUGUAUUGGUUCUGCAGAGGAAUGCACUCAGUCUUCUUGGCGAAAAUACAUUUUCACCUCUAAAGAAGCUGGGAGAACUUGACAUUUCAGCAAACAAAAUCCAGAAGCUGCCGCUGAACAUUUUCCAGAAUUUGCAAGAGCUUUCAAAUUUGAACCUCUCUUAUAAUCCUUCGCUGUCUAUACACUCGCAGCAGUUUGACUUUUUGAAGAGCCUGGAGUCCUUGAGCAUGGAAGGAAUUGAGAUAAACAACAUUCAGAAUCGAAUGUUCAAGCCACUCCGGGCCCUCUCCCACAUAUACUUUAAGAAGUUCCAGUACUGUGGCUACGCUCCGCACGUGCGCAGCUGCAAGCCCAACACGGACGGCAUCUCGUCCUUCGAAGACCUCCUCGCCAACGUGGUGCUGCGUGUCUUCGUGUGGGUGGUGGCCUUCGCUACAUGCUUCGGGAACCUCUUCGUGGUGUGCAUGCGCACGUACAUCCGCGCCGAGAAUCAGCUGCACGCCCUGUCCAUCAAAUCGCUCUGCUGCGCCGACUGCCUCAUGGGCAUCUACCUGUUCUUCGUGGGGGCGUAUGACCUGCGCUACCGCGGGGAGUACAACCGCCACGCACAGCUCUGGAUGGCCAGCGUGCCGUGCCGCAUCAUGGGCUCCCUCGCCAUGCUCUCCACCGAGGUCUCGGUGCUCCUGCUCACCUAUCUCACCAUCGAGAAGUACCUCUGCAUCGUCUUUCCCUUCAGCAACUUCAGGCCGAAGCGGUGCCGCACGUUCUCCGUUCUCACCGCCAUCUGGCUCCUGGGAUUCGCCGUCGCCUUCACGCCACUGUGGAAUGAAGACUUCUUUGGGAAUUAUUAUGGCCGCAACGGGGUCUGCUUCCCACUGCACUCGGACCAGACCGAGAGGCCCGGGGCUCAGGCCUACUCCGUGGCCAUAUUCCUAGGAGUGAACCUCAUAGCAUUCGUCACCAUAGUCUUUUGCUACAUCAGCAUGUUCUGCAGUGUGCGGCGCACGGGCCUCCAAACGGCCGAGCUGUGCAACCGCAUCAGCAAGGAGAUCGGCAUCGCCAAGCGCUUCUUCUUCAUCGUCUUCACUGACGCGCUCUGCUGGCUGCCCAUCUUCCUGCUCAAGCUGCUGUCGCUGCUGCAUGCCGAGAUCCCCGGCAGCAUCACGUCGUGGGUCGUCAUCUUCAUCCUGCCCAUCAACAGUGCGCUCAACCCCAUCCUCUACACACUCACCACGCGCUACUUCCGUGAGAAGGUGCGCCACCUGCUGCGCGAGCGCUGGCGCCGCCGCUCCGAGCUCAGCGAGGCAGCUGCCUCCGCCGCCGCCAACGGCGCCGUCGCCGGCACGGCUGCCUCCGCCGGCGGCGCCCAAUCCGUGCCUCCAUCUGCCUCCCAGGGCCACGCCAAGGUCGGCUUCACCAGCUCGCUCAUAUGGCUCGAGACGUUCGACGGCAAGACCUCCGGCGCCACCGUCGCGUCAACGACAAUUGUGACGACUAACGGGGGUGCCGCCGGGCAGGCGAUGGCCGGAGCGGCGACGGCCGGGGUGGCGGCGGCGACGGCGAUGACAACGACGGGCGCCAGCGGCGCGACCCCGCGGUCGUCCUCGUCCUCCUCCUCCUCGUCCUCCACGUCCACGGUGGCGCUGUGCCGGUUCAGCUUCCUCAAACGCUUCUCCAACAUCGAUCAGAUCAUCUUACCGCCGCCACCGCCGAGGGGAACUUGAUGGAAGGUCCGCGCAGCGCAGAGGACUGGGAAAAAGCCCGCAAUGGAUUUAAUUGAGGUUGUAGAUAUUUCAAUGGCAGAUGUGGGAGGGGUUGCGCUCUCGAGAGUGGACAUCAGAGGUCGGGUAGUGCCUGUGCAGCAGCUGUGGAGUCUCACAGAGGGCAGUGGCAGUUGAGGUGUGGGGCAUUGGUGGCUUUGGCAGCGAUGUUUUUCAUAAUCAUGACAAAUAGGUUAUUACGUUUUAGUCUUUUACAUCUCUUAUACCAAUAAUUCAAAGUGGUCUCAGUCUUUAUGUUUUUCUGUUGUUUUAUUUUAUAAUUCAACUAGGUCUCUUGUUUGGAAAUGCAGCUUUAUGAAAAGCUAAACCGUUUUGCCUUCAGUUUGCACCGCGAUUAUUUUGAGUCAUGUGACUUUGAGCAUUGCCCUUUCACUAGAUUCCACUGUCGUCUAAGCUAGUGAACCGUUAAUGCCGAUCACUGGCUGAAGUUAGUCUGAAUAAUAUUGUUUGCAGUCAUAGAACGCGAUUAUUUAUAUACGUGCAGUGUGCAUGCAAUGGUAACAUUUGGAUAUUUUUUUAGUAUUGUUGAUAAUGUGCAAGACGACAAUGAAAAAAGAAACAGCAACGUGGAUGUCACAAAAUUAAACUUCAUUAACCUCAGUCUCUAGUGUUGCUGCAAAUUUAGCCAAAUCAUCUGUGUAAAUAUGGGCGUUUAUAGCAUAAACAAAUUAUAUGAUUUAAACCGUUUAUACUUGUGUAAUUGCGUAUUUCUAAGUCAGGGACUAUAAAUAAGCUGAUUGAAAUAAAAUCUUAAAAUAAAAUACAUGUUUUCUAUGUAUAUAAUAUAAAGUAUAGUAACCUUUACAUGUGUACAAACGUAGACGUGAUCAGAAUGUUUGCCUAAUAAACUUGAUACACUGGUGUAUGUCAAAAUAAUAACAAUAAUAUUACAUCUUUAUGAAGUCCACAGUAAUAACCAUGAUACAUUUCAGGUUAUUGUUACUUUAUUCGUUGCUUAAAAUACAUUUUCACGGAUGGUACAUUAAUCUCAUUUACAGAAAACCUAUAAAUUAAUGUGCAUUACGUUUACAUUGGAAUAUAUUAUCUUAAAAUUCUAAGAGAAUUCUGGAUAUCGAUGCCCUGGUGGCUCUGGUAGAGAAGGCAGCAGAGUCCAUCCCGGAUAUUCGACUCUCAGGCGGAGUGAGCGGGCAGAAUUGCCGACUAGCUGUGACGUGGCAGCAAUGGAUUUAUCUUCUUUGGUUCUUUCGGUAAAGUCACGUAGAAUGAGAAUAAAAUAAUAAAUUGAUAAAAUAAA